AUGGCCUUGUUGGGAUUGGUUUGGUCCUUCUCAUUAGGCCCUUCCCUGGUCUACCGGCUCUUUUCGGGUCCACGGGAUGCGGCCUCUGAGCCCGCCAUCACUGAAGUUGCGGCACAGCCCGGUGUUACCGCCGCUUUCAGUAACCCCUCUGGUACCAUCACCAUUGGUUACCCUUCUGUAGAGCAAGGAGAACCGGGGCCUCUAGUGGAAACGACACCGCUGCCGGGGGAGCCAGCGGUGCCGUCCGAGGGCCCGUCCGGCGGCCAGUGGGGCGGACUGGAGGGCCAGCUGCUGGCUUGCCGCUCGGUUCACAGCGUGCAACGCUUUCUGCAACUGAUGGGCCCUCGGACUGACGCCGAGCUCAUUGGGAGCGCUGUGGUGCACCUGAGCCACCUGGUGUUGGAGGAACCACCCGACGGUGAUGUCGAGCGGCAGCUGCUGGCAGGGCUGUUAGGCGAACUCACGCAGCGACUUCGGGGCUGUGUGAGGCAACUGGGCAGGGGACAGAUGACCGCGUUGGUCUGCGCUAUGAGCCGGCUGCACUGUUACGACGGCCCAUUGUUGCGGGAAGUGGUGACAGCGGCUCGGGAGGUGGCUGGGGAGCUCUCGUCACGUCAGACAUCAGGACUGAUCUGGGCCUUUGGAAGAUAUCACCGCGACUUCAGCUUCCGACUGGAGCCCGGCUGGACAGCGGCGCUGCUGCAGGGCGCACUCCCGCGCCUGCAGCAGGCUAAGCCACAAGAGGUGGCCAUGAUGCUGUACGGCAGCGCACUGCUGCGAGAGCCCCCGGCGGCGACAACGUUGGCGGCCCUGCUUGCGGCGUCACUGGCCGGCAUGUCGGCGGCCGGAGGCUCGGAGCUGUCCAUGACUAUUUGGUCACUGGCAACGCUGCGGUUGUACCCGGGCGAUGAGUGGAUGCGCGCCUUUCUGUGCCGCUGCGAUGCAGCAACGCGCACUUUUGCCAGUGGUGCAGCCGUCAGCAACGUGCUGUACAGUCUGGCGUCGAUGCGGGUGCAGCCGCCGGCGCCUUGGAUGCUCAACUUUUUGUGGCAGGCGCAGCGGCGGAUGAACACCAUGGAUGGGCAGAGCCUGGUGAUGAUGUGGUGGGCGCUGGGCCGUAUGCGUUACCGGCCGGACCGCAAGUGGCUGACGCGGUUCUUUCGGUACACCCGUUCAGCGGUGAUACCAAACCCGGGGCCGGAUUCGCACAUCGGGGCAAGGUCUUCUGUACAGCAGCAGGUGCAGGGACACUCACCACAUCUCCAGACGGCAAUGCAGACGGGGUCUCAGCGACAACUGGAAUUAUGGCGACGGCAGCGGCUGCAGCAGCGCCAGCGGCGGCCUGGUCCGUGGGUUAACACUGACGGCAGCGCAUUGCCUGAUGUCGGAGAGCUGCCUCCGCAGGCAUACAAUACUUUGCUUUGGGCGUGUGUGCGACUGUCCUGUCGACCCAUGGGUACUUGGCUGCCGCUGUUCUGCGCCGCCGUCCAGCCACUUCUGGCCGCUUGGCCACCGCACGAGCUCUCGGCGCUGUUGUGGGGCCUGGCCCGCUUGCGCUGGCGCCCGCGCGACGACUGGAUGACGGAAUUUUGCGCCGCAGCACGUGGUACCCUUUCACUCUUCCAGCCACCCGAUUGCGUAAUGAUGCUCGUGGCGCUAUCCAAGCUUUGCAGUGGACUGGGCUACCGCAUCUCUGACGGCGACCUGGCUAACCUGCUGGCACAGCGCCUGGCGCCGUAUUACUCGCGGCUACAAACUACGACGUUAAUUUCCGUGCUGUUGGCUGUCUCCCGCAUCACGCCGCGAGUGCGGACGGCCAGAAUGGAGGAAGUGCUAGCGGCGGUCCUGGACCGGGUGCGGGCCGCCGGCAUCGUAGAUGCGGCGCAGCCGGCAGACGGGGGCGCAAUUAGUUUGCUUGACGAGACGUUGGACCGUGAGAAGCAGCAUAAGGUGCUUCCUGGCGUCUCCCGGAGUGGCUAUCAGCAGCAAUACGAGGGGCCGCAGGUCCACGAACGGGAUGGAAAAGAGCUGCAGCUCAACAUCUUGCAAACAGGGAGCCCGCAUCAGCCGCUGACUCCGUCAAGUAGACUGCAGUUAAGCCGGCCACAGCACAGUGUCGCGCGGCAGGUUGCACCCUCGCCAGCGGCAGCUGCAGUGGCUCUGCCGCCCCUGACCGCGCGUGAGUGUGCCAACGCCGUCUUUGCCGUCGGCUGUGUUGCGCUGUGGCCCAGCUAUAAUGACGCGCUGCGGAGCAUUUGUGGGCAGCUGAUGCGGGAGCUUCUACCACGUGCAUUCCUCCUUGCCCCUGCCUUUAACGGCGUCGACCUGGUGCUAUUGGUGCAAGGCGUGGCCAUGGCGCGUGUGCGGGUGAGCCCCCGGUGGAUGCGGCGUCACGAGGAGCAGGCGCUAAAGCGUCUUCAGGCAGGGGAGCUGCAGCCGGGGCAGCUGCGGGAGCUGCACCGUGCCUAUCACGCGCUGGACUACAUUCCGGAGCUUCUGCCGCCGUUCGCGGCGGGACGUGGGGUGGAAGGCACGGCUAGCCCUGUCGAUCCGUCCAAUGGCGCACAGGAUGAGCUGUAUGGCGACGUUCAGGAUGGUGGAGCAGCGGCGACGCAUCCGUCAUCGCUGCUGCCACCAGCAGUGGCGGAUGCAAGGGGCUCAUGCGGGAUAAGCAUGGGUGGUGUCGAAAGUGUAAGUGAGGGUGAGUGUGGGAGCGGUACGCCGGGGGUGUCGGCUGAGCGAAGUAUGGCGACGACGGCCCGUCGGCGGCGUGCCGCACAGUUGCGGCGGCGCCGGGUGACGGCCGCCAUCGAGCGCCGGGUCGCUCAAGCGAGGCGGAAUGCGGCGGAGCUGCGGCUGCAGUGCGUGGAGACGUUGCCGGUGGACACAGAACCCCCGGAGAUGGGGGAAUCGACGCCUUCCCUGCCAGCACCACACCCAAUGCCUCCAGCAUUCGUCACAAAAGCGACGGCGGAGGGGGCGCUCGGAGUUACCCAUGCCCCGGACGCGCGCCGUGAGCUUGAGGCUGCGGAACGGGAGCUGAGGUUCAGGCGGAAGGUCAUUCAGCAGUUCACUGCAGUGGCACGGCGCGGCGCACGGACAGCCCAGGAUUCAGUGGCGGGGAGCUCCGUGGCCCCAAGUCCACGGCAACCAGUGGCUGAGGGUACUGACGAUUCAAUGCGCCGCCUGCCAGUUGACAGGUCGCCAGGAAGCGGCGAUUGCGGCACAAGUUAG